UUUUCCAUGGCAAGCUUCUUCCUUAGGUCGAUCAUUUCAAAUCAGCUCCUUUGAAGGCUUCAUCAUGGUGUUCUUUAUCCAAGUUGAUCAUGAGAUUUUCCCGUCAGAAUAUUUAUAUUAAUUGGGAUUGUAUACCACGAAAAGGUAGCGGCUGGAUUUGUACACCAACCGAUGUACAUCAAUAAACAGAACCAGUUCUUGAUGAUAAGUCAGCAAACUGAGCCAUUGUGAUAUACUAAUUCCCUAGCUUAGACAUCAUCUUUAUUUGAUCAGAGCAUAAUUUACUUAAAGCAGCAUGUUAUAAAAUCUGCAUAGCAAAAAGGAGAUAUAUAGAUAAUUUUUUUAAAACUAUAUAAUCAGUAUUGGCAAAGCCUCAUUGGAGCAGUACAAGUUUGAAAGCUUUUCUUCAAUAGUAAUAGACAUUUGUGCCUAUGAAAUUGUAUUGUUAUAACAUUGACAAAUAAAAAAAGCACACAAAAUGUAAACAAUAAAGAUUGACAAAGAAAAAAUUGCAUGAUUCACUAAUAGUGUAUUAGCAUAUCCACAGGCAGAGAGGUAGAUCAAUUUAUUAUUAAAGAGAAAUAUAAGAUAAUAUAGAUUACAGAGGUACCUCCAGGGUUAGAUGGUUUAUAUAAAAUGCAACUCUCUAAAUUCUAAGGUCAAACUCGAACAUACUGAGAGCCUAAUGUUUGGUUGUUUGGAGCGUCAGAUAACAAAUUCGAAAACAAUAAUUUUGAAAAUAGUCUUUCACUAUUUUACUUCAAUAAUGACCUCACUUUUCCCUUUCUGUCUUUUGUCAGCUUCGUGUGAAAAACUAUGCAGAUCCAUCACAAUGAAGGCCCUUUCUUGUAGUAUCACCACAAUAUAAGUUAUUCUCUUUUAAGUUGCAAAAUGCAGCUUCAUCACUAUUUUAAAUUGCCAAAUGUAGGUUCUACUCCUUUGCCAAUUGUCAGGCAGAGAUAUAUCCCCAUUGACUUCACAUAAAACAAGCAAAGCCAAUUCAAUGAGAAAAUAGGCACUCGAGACAAGUCGAAUAAAAAGUUAAUAGUAUCUAUUCAAUUGGUCUUGCUAUGGCUAAUGUUUUAUCAUCCAAUAGAGUGCUAAUAAUGGGCUCUCCUCGCUACUUCCAUCCUGUACCUCUAUAUGUUUCAACAGUACCAUCCACGCUAAAGAUUUUUUAGAGUUCUCUACUAACACUAACAACCAACAAAGUUCCCUAGCUAGAAUAUGUCCCAGUAAAGAAAACAGUAAUAGACAGAACUAUUAAAUGCAAUUAAAAUUUUGUUUUAGCAGGACAAGAAGGGUUUUGAGUGCCUCUAGUAUGUCCAUAAUCCAAUUGAAAAUUUAGAGGUUUACUCAACUCACUUCUCCGGUUGUUCUUUGGAAGCCAUAGUAGGCCAUGAUGUUCUCUAUAAAGUAUACAGAUGUCACCAUAUAUCACAUGAAUUUGAAAAUCUCAUAAAGGCUUGGAAGGCCCACCCAUGUGAUAGGUCAUAAACAAAUCUCUCUCUAUCUUUCUCCCUUUUCAAUGUGAUCUUCCUCUAUAUAAAGGUUAUGUAAUUGGGUUCACAAUCAACAAGAGUCUUCCAUAUUCCAAAAGAAAAUUCCAAAUUUUGUAUUUAUCUCAAAGUCUCACUAGUUCUUUCUCAAAAAAUACUAUAACAUGGGUUUUCGUUUGCCUAGAAUUGUUCAAGCUAAGCAAAGUCUUCGACGUUCUUCAUCAACUGGAAAUGGAACAACGGCGGUUGAUGUUCCAAAGGGGUACUUCACAGUGUAUGUUGGUGACGUACAAAAGAAGCGUUUCGUCAUUCCUUUAUCUUACUUGAACGAGCCUACUUUUCAAGAUUUAUUGAAUCAAGCAGAAGAAGAAUUUGGAUAUGAUCAUCCAAUGGGUGGCAUCACAAUAUCUUGCAGUGAAGAACUUUUCCUUGGUCUCACUCAAAGUUCGAAACACUUGUGAACUAGAGGAAUGCAAACUAGAAAUUGGUAGUAUAGAAAAAGGAUUAGAAUAGUACAGAAUGUAGACUGCAUACUGUAUAUAUUUUUGAAAUGAGAGAACUUGAUUCUUUGAAUUGAAACUUUUGUUCAGUGAUUCUUAUUCUUUAUAUUAUCAGCACUUAAUGAUGAAACUAAUUGAAUGAUGCUAUUGGAUAAAAAGACUUGCAUAAACUGGAUCGUAUUUCUUGAAA